AUGCCUCAGCUCUCGGGAGGCGGCGGCGGCGGCGGAGGCGACCCGGAGCUUUGUGCCACCGACGAGAUGAUCCCCUUCAAGGACGAAGGGGACCCCCAGAAGGAAACCAUCUUCGCCGAGAUCAGCCACCCGGAGGAAGAAGGGGACUUGGCCGACAUCAAGUCUUCGCUGGUCAACGAGUCGGAAACGAUCCCCAACAGCAACGGGCACGAGGUGUCUAGGCAAGGCCAGUCUCAGGAAGCUUAUGAAAAAGGCAGAGAACAUCCUGAAGAAGGCAAACACACAGAUGGUAUCUUGUACAAUAAAGGACCUUCUUAUUCUGGUUAUUCCGGGUAUAUCAUGAUGCCAAAUAUGAACAAUGAUCCAUAUAUGUCUAAUGGAUCUCUUUCUCCACCAAUUCCUAGAACAUCCAACAAAGUCCCUGUGGUACAACCUUCCCAUGCAGUACACCCUCUCACUCCACUCAUCACCUACAGCGAUGAACACUUUUCUCCAGGGACACAUCCUUCACACCUCCCCUCAGAUGUCAACACAAAACAAGGCAUGAAUCGGCAUCCACCAGGUCCUGAUAUUUCCACCUUUUAUCCCUUAUCUCCUGGCAGUGUUGGGCAGAUAACCCCACCACUUGGCUGGCAAGGUCAGCCUGUAUAUCCCAUCUCAGGUGGAUUCAGGCAUCCCUACCCAUCUUCACUUUCCGUCGACACUUCCAUGUCAAGGUUUUCACAUCAUAUGAUCCCAGGUCCUCCAGGACCCCACACAACUGGAAUCCCUCAUCCUGCAAUUGUAACACCUCAAGUCAAACAAGAACAUCCACACACAGACAGUGACUUAAUGCACGUGAAGCCUCAACAUGAACAGAGGAAAGAACAAGAGCCCAAAAGACCUCACAUUAAGAAACCUCUGAAUGCUUUCAUGUUAUACAUGAAAGAGAUGAGAGCGAACGUUGUAGCAGAAUGUACUCUGAAAGAAAGUGCAGCCAUCAACCAGAUUCUCGGCAGAAGGGUAUGGAGAAAUAUGUUUUUGUGUAUAUGCAUAUUGUGUAUUCAGUCCAUAGUAUUCAUCUCACCCACCAUCAGUGGAUAA